GCGCCUGUGCGCAGCGAGCUCUCGCGAGAGCAACUUAGGCGCGGGACGCGCGGUAGUCUGGUUUCGCUAGUUGGUCACGGUCGGGCAGAGCGUCGGUGAGGGGCAGGUGGGCUACGUAGGACCGAUGGAACCAGAGGAGAACAAUUUGCUGGACCUUCCUGAUUUUGAGGCAGUAGAAGAUGAAACUUUUCAACCUUUUCCACCUCCAGCCUCUCCAGGAAGGGAUGAUGCUGGAGAAAAUGAGCCUACCACAGAUGCAAGGAGGGAUCAGAUGGGAGAUAUGCCUGUAGCUACAAGGAAAACUGUAAAAAGGAAUUUGCCUAAGUUAGAUGCUCAGAGAUUAAUUUCAGAAAGAGGACUUCCAGCAUUAAGGCAUGUGUUUGAUAAGGUAAAAUUCAAAGGUAAAGGCCAUGAGGCAGAAGAUUUGAAGACAUUAAUCAGACACAUGGAGCACUGGGCACAUAGGCUAUUCCCUAAACUGCAAUUUGAGGAUUUUAUUGGUAGAGUAGAACAAUUGGGAAAUAAGAAAGAAGUUCAGACUUGCUUAAAGCGAAUUCGACUUGAUCUUCCUAUUGUACAUGAGGAUUUUAUUAGUAAUGAUGGUGAUAAAGCAGAAAGUAAUAGACUAGAUACAACUACCACAGACUUCGAUGCCUUGUUUGCAAACCCGGUUGAUAGAGAAAUAUUUACUUCUCCGGCAAACACAAGUUUAACGGAGGAACAGCAGCAAAGAAUUGAGAAGAACAAACAACUAGCCUUGGAAAGGAGACAGGCAAAACUGUUAAAUAACAGUCAUUCCCAAGAAAAUGAUUUGUCAGUUAUCAUGCCCAGGACACAGGCAUCUGAAAAAGAUAGUACAAAUGAAGCUCAAGAAAAGAACUUAAAUGAAUUAAAUGAAGAAAAUCUAGAAAUCUCAGACGGUGCUGCCAGUACUGCAAAUAUAGAUGACGACCUACAAAACUCAGGAGUAGAUGAAGCCAUUUAAAAUAUGCAACAAUGACUAGCCAACCAAUCUUUUUAGGAGUACUUACGUGCCAACAAUGGGUUGCCUCAUCCUGAAAUAUGGAUUAGCCUCAGUUAAGACUAGAAGAAUAGUCUUAAUAGCUAUUUGUCCUCCAAUUUAAAAAGUAGAGAUUUGUUGUAUAUUUUUCAUAGUGGGUGGAAACAUUUAAGUGGCUAACUUUAUUAGCUUCUUAAAGAUCUGGCACUUGUUUACAUUUAUCCCAUUUAUUUAUUUAUAUUAGCCUAAGUUGUCAUAGCUCCCAUAGCUUCUUCUACUUGUUUCUUUAUACAAACAGAUUUUUUGACAAUUAGGUGAUUGCUGCUGCUAGCAUACAGUUUAAGGGUCCUAUGUUUUAACAAAAAGUGUUAAGAUGACUGUAAAUGACUGUACACUAAUGUCUUUUUUUUGUAAAAUGUGAAUAAAUAAAAGCUCUUUUACAGAAGAGCGUGAAAUUUUAAUGAA